AUGCUCAGCGGGGCCACGAUUGCAACCACGAUAUCCCAGGGCCGCGACCCGCGGCCGAGAGGCCUCCGCGACGACGGGUUCUGGGUGCUGCUGAGCCAGCUUUUCCUCCAGGUCCUCUCCAUCUACUGCACCGUAUACCCCGUGGUGCUCAACAAAGACCUGGAGCUUUCCAUCGCAGGAUUCUGGUUCUGGGCGUCUCUGGCCGCCAGCUUCGCGACUACCGUCACGGCGGCCGUGGCCUAUCCGUGGAGUUGGCAGGUGGCUACCGUUCUGAGCUUCACAUCGAGUUUCGCCCAAGUCAUACCUGCAGGACAACUGGCAGCAAGUCUAGGUCCCGAUGAUACGAAGAACAGGAGUGUCCAAGGCGGAAGAAGGCCAUUAUGA